CGCGUCUUCCUGCGCGCCCCGCGGCCGCUCCCAGCGCCCCGCCAUGCCGCCCACCAGGCUCCGCGGGGCCGCGCCGCUCGCCGCGAUCGCCCUCCUGGUGCUGGGGGCGCCCCUGGCGCUGGCCAGCGAGGACUGCCUGUGGUACCUGGACCGCAAUGGCUCUUGGCAUCCGGGCUUUAACUGCGAGUUCUUCACCUUCUGCUGCGGGACCUGCUACCAGCGGUACUGCUGCAGGGACCUGACCUUACUCAUCACGGAGAGGCAGCAGAAGCACUGCCUGGCCUUCAGUCCCAAGACCAUAGCCGGCAUUGCCUCAGCCGUCAUCCUCUUCGUGGCCGUGGUUGCCACCACCAUCUGUUGCUUCCUCUGUUCCUGCUGCUACCUGUACCGCCGGCGCCAGCAGCUGCAGAGCCCAUUUGAAGGCCAGGAGAUUCCAAUGACAGGCAUCCCAGUGCAGCCAGUGUACCCGUACCCCCAGGACCCUAAAGCUGGCCCUGCACCCCCACAGCCUGGCUUCAUGUACCCACCUAGUGGUCCUGCACCCCAGUAUCCACUCUACCCGGCGGGGCCCCCUGUCUAUAACCCUGCAGCCCCUCCCCCGUACAUGCCACCCCAGACCUCCUACCCGGGAGCCUGAGAAGCCAGCUGUGUCUCUGCCGCCCCUCAGGGAUGCCUCCCUCCUGUACCUCCAUCCGGCCCUGGGGGUGGUCGGGGGCCUCUCCUGGCCAAGCCCUGAGACCUUCUGGGAACAGGGCCCCAGGGAGGAGGAAUAGGAGCUGAGCUGGAACUUGGCCAUGAAUGAGGGGAGGCUGGGGAGGGCUUGGGUGCAUGGGCGGUUUCACAGGGGAAGACAGGAAAGCCUGGGCCACAGCUCUGCCUUCUCACAGUCCUUCUGCUCGCCCCCACGACCCCAGCCAGGAAUGCUGGGCCCUCCCGUCUGCCCUCUGCGGGCUGGGCGGGGCUGGGCGGGGCUCCGUCAGCUGCGGCAGAAGCUCUCCUGGCUGCCCCGCUGGCAGGGCUCUGUGUGGCUGGAUUAAAGCUCUAAAGACAGAA